CGCGAGUCGAGAAAAAAUGGAUUCUUGCGUGAGAGAAGAUGAAGACGAUGGUCAGUCAAUCAACAGAAUUGACAAGAUGCACUGUCUGCAACGAAGAUGCAGAGCCAUUGACAUGCGAAGCGUACCUAAAGUUUAUGGCAUUUCUUCCUCCAAAUUAUAAAUACUGCUUGUGUAAUUACACUGUACAAAACGGCAACAUCUCUUGUAUAUCACUAAGACUGCCUAUAUCAACUGAAGAAGGGGCACGAACUUGGUUCAGUCAGUUCCAAGAGAAGUCAUUGACAACCAUGAGAGUUGAUCGCACACAUCCACUAUCUGGUCGUAAAAAUGUCUUUAAGAUAUCAUAUAGAUGCCAGCAUCUAACUCGGAGUAAGGCCACUGCUAAUGAAAAAUUUGCUACAAAAAAUACAAAUUGCAGGGCAUCUGCUUUAAUUACAGUAAAGAGAACUGUAAAAUAUUCACGAAGUACAGAUAGGCACGACAAAGAAUACGCAAUGGUUGUCAAGAUGAACUUUGAUCAUAAUCAUGUACUUGAAUCGGCUGAUGCUCUUCGUUAUCGGGAUGUUGCACACAGUACAGUCCAGAAAUUUAUCCAGCUCUUUAUUGCCUUCUGUCCUGCCUAAGAAAACACGAAGACCAGCUCCACAUAACAUGAAAGUGUGUGUUGCAAAAAACACUGGUUUAGGAAAGACACAUGGCAAGAAGUAAACUCUAUAAUGAUGAUCAAAUUUACAUCAAAACGCGUUAUAUUUUUU